AUGUCUGACUACUACCUAUAUGCUUACUCCUUCGACAUGCCAAUGGGAAUAAGAGAGCUGAUUGACCAACUUAUGAAUUGUGAGGAUAUUGCUAUGAAUUUUUUGGUAUCCCAUUUGUCUGGAAAAUCACCCCUCAAGGAUGGUAUUGAAAAUAAUGUCUGUCGAUUUACGCUAUCUGAACGGUUAGUCUUAUAA